AUGGCGACCUCAGUUGGACUUAACCACAGGAAAAGCAAGACGACAUCGAAGAACAACGACGAUGUUAUUGCUGCUGCUGUGCAGGCCGAGUUGUCACAUGUUGCGGCCUUCGAAGGGUGGCUGCUCGAGCGUAUAGAAGCUGAUGGAGAUGGGGCUGGCGUUCUUGCUAGGGUGCAGGAGCAUUUGCUGCAGUAUAAGUUGGGAUUAUUAGAGUCUACACUUGACAGCAAACAAGAUGAGCACCUCAAAGACUGGUCCAUGCAUGUUUCCGUUCAUGACAACGGUAGCAACGGACAAGCAAUUAUUGUAACUGUCCCUGGUUCGCUAAAACCCAUCGAAAUUGUCCCAAAGGACGAUGAAGAGGCCGCCUAUUUGCUGAGUGACAAGUACCUUGGCUUCAUGGUAAAAGCCUGCCGAUCGUUUGCCCACUCCCAGGCUUCUCUUCGAUCGCUUUUCCAACUCGCAAAGGAGAUUGACCAGGAAACAUCUCAUCUUAGACAAACUCCUGAGGUCACUAUCCAGACAUACAUCCGCCACCUCAAAGAGUACAACGAUAUGAAAGAUAUUGCCCAACAGCUCAUUGGGCUUGUCGCUGAAAACCGAGGAGUCCCGGUCGGGAGCUUAUAUCGAAACCGAGAGUUUGGUGUAACGGAAGUUGACUGA